AUGGCUCGUUGGAUCUGGACUCUAUUUGCGCUUUCGACUGCAGCAUCUGGCCUUACAAUUCAAUGUGGUCAGGGAACGCUCCCCGGCGGUCCGGGGGGCCUUGGUCAAAUACCUUUCAUUCAGGUCCUCCUAGAUGGGGAAAACUGUGACCACACCAAAAAUACAGCUGGGACAUGCGCCGAUGAGACAAAAGCAGGGCCUCUCAAAGGCCCAGGAAAGUGUGAUGGUGCCUACUACUGGUUUACCGGCAGUAACAUGAACGUUGAGCUGAGUGACGGCAGUCACCAUUAUUGUGAACCGCAGAGUGGGCAAUCUCCCAUGACUUGCUCAGGCUAGACGUCUUGUCAAGGCGGAGGCGGCGCAGAGGCAGGGGGCAGGAUAAACCAACCAUGGUCACUUGAUGGAUCUUGUCUAGUUUAAUUCUAUCAAUGCACUAAUUAAACCCUAC